UGAACAUGUUGCUACAUCACUGUGAGAUAUGGAACACUGUGUUACACUAAUCUGCAACAUGUUACAUUGUUGUUUGUUGUGUUUUAGUUACAAUAUUCUAUGAUGUGUUACAGAAUGUUGCACAUUGUGUGUUACAGUGUUAUGUAUGUGUUAUUUUGUGUUACAUGAUAAAGUAUGUGUGUGUUACAGUGUGUUACAAUGGGUCUUUACAGAGCUAAAUGGCUGUUACUGGUUUUCUCAUGGUGUGUGUUCCACCACAUUCUGAUACACAACUUUAUCAGAAAGGAAAUGUACCGAUUUACCAGCACGGAACCUGAACCCUAAAUUCUAACACUCUUCUCAUGUUUGUCUUUUCGAAGUUCCUGUUCUGCUUUGGUGUAGAAGAAAGAAGAAGAGAACCUGAGAGAUCUCAAUGCUGAGGAUGGAGAAAACUGUGUUCUAUGCACUGGCUCUGAUGUUGCUUCUGGCCCUGGUGACGAGCAGUCAGCAGGAAUCACAUAGUCAGGAAAACUCUGAGGAGGAACACGAUGAUGUGAAGCAGCUCCAAAAUAUCGUGUAUCAGCAGGUGGCUGCUUUAACCGAGAUCAAGGUCAAGAUGGAGAACAUGGAGAAAGAGAGCACAGCUCAGACAGGAGAGCUGGUGGAUGUGAAGAAGGAACUGGAGAGCAUGAAGAAACAAAACAAUGAGCGGCCGAAGGUGGCGUUCAGCGCCGGUUUAUCUCCAGGACAGAAAGGACCUUUUAAUGUUGAAACCACUCUGAUCUACAGUAAAGUGGUCAGCAACAUCGGAGGAGCUUAUAACCCAUACACAGGCGUGUUCACAGCUCCGGUUAAAGGCGUGUACUACAUCCGAUUCACAGCCGCUGCCUACAACACCAACAGCAACAACAUGGGUGUUCACUUGUACAAGAACAGUGACCUGCUCCUGCACCUAGGUGAGGCUCAAAGCGAUGGCCUUCUCAGACACGUGUCCAGUGGCCUUGUGGUGGAGCUGCUCGCUGGAGACGUCAUGUAUCUGAAACUCUACACCAACUACGCCCUCUACGACGAUAAUCUGCUCCGCAACACCUUCAGCGGCUUCCUCCUCUUCACCUCUUAACAAAACCACGAUCUGCAUUACAGAUUAAAUCUCCACCCAAACAAGUGUGAACGUGUCACGUUGGUGUGUGUAGGCCUCACUGU